AUGGGCUCGGACGCCUGGGUCGGCCCCUGGCGGCCGCACCGGCCCCGCGGCCCCAUCGCCGCGCUCUGCAGAGGCCCGGGGCCCAGAUACCAGCUGCCGCCGAGCACCGGCUACGUCCGGCACGACCCGUCGCGGCCACGCGCCCCCGCCUACACCUUCGGCGCGCGCUUCCCCGCGCAGCGGGCCACGUGCGGCCCCGGGCCGGGCCACCUGGUGCCCGCGCGAAUGACCGUGCGCGGCCCGGACGGCGCCCCCUCCUACUCCAUCUACGGCCGCCCGCGCCACGCGGCGCCCUUCCUCACUCCAGGACCGGGCAGGUACUACCCGGAGCGGGCCGGGAGCGCCACGUACCCCAGCGCGCCCCGGCACAGCAUCGCGCCCCGGAACUGGGGAGUCCCCGCGGAGCAGCGGACCCCAGGCCCCGGGACCUACACGGUGCCCUCGCUCUUGGGCCCGCGCGUCGUCGGCAAAGUCUCGGCCCCGACCUUCUCCAUGUGCGGCCGCAGCGCCGUCGGCAGCUUCUGCGAGGACCUCAGCAAGACCCCGGGUCCCUGCGCCUACCACGUGGUGAGCCCCGCGGUCUACAAGCCCCGGGCCCCCCAGUUCACCGUGCUGGCGCGCACGUCGCUCCCCGAAGACGACGAUCGGAGGCCGGGGCCCGCGACCUACAACGUGGACCAGGUGGCCCGGAGUCUCGGGUCAAGGCCCCGGAAGCCUCGAGGCUGGAGCUUCGGGAUCCGGCACUCGGACUACGUGGCGCGGCUCGUCACCGACGUGGAUGACUGA